CGUUAACCAUAGACAGCGUCCUGCGGCAUAAUUGCCUUGCUCGCUUGACAGUCGACCGACGGACAAAGGUCAGCGGCAGCGCGGAUAGCGGCGCUGGGUUCGCAGGGCGCACCGAGGCUCGCGCUGCAAAAAUUUGGCUAUCAACUGAUAGAGCAUGCGCACUUCUCGACAGGGAAAGGGCGCAUGUGCCGGCGACCACGCGGCAGGCGCUCCUGAAUUAUCUGCGGUCAAAUGAUAUUUGAGCUUAAUUGCGGCUAGAAAACAUGCAGAGCGAGCGAGAACUUGGCGCGCAAAGCAAAAACCGGUCAGCAUUUCUUGCGCAAUAUUGACGUUAACUUCGUUCAACCACGUCGCGGCUUGGCCAUACAUGUUUUCAAUGACACUAGACAGCGGUUCUCGCUCGAGACGUUGUGUAAUUAGCUAAGAGGCUCAGGGCCGAUAUUGCAGGGUUUUCGCAUGAUCCUUUGCUCGACUACUCGCAUUUUCAUCUCGGUAGCCUAGGUUAAGCGACCGUGGGCUCGCCGGGCCCACGUGUAACACUCUCGAUCCCGUCGGGCGUCGCCCGCAGCAAGCUGAAGCCAGCAUUGCUGCGGCUGACCUGGUUCAAGAUGAGAGCGAUGCGGGCAGCUACGCCUGUCGUGCAGGGGCAGGCCGCUCUGGCUGCUGCGGCACGACAAACCCAGUCGCGAGCAAGGCCACAGCGCCCUGCCUUCCCCUUCCCUACCCCCUCAAACGAAAGCCCAGCAUCCCGGCUAGCCACGCCCGCAACACCCUGUAGCACCUCCUCCUCCUCCUUCCCAGCGGCAGCGGCGGCAGCACCAACCACGCCUCCGCCGGCGCCGGUGCCGCCGCUGCGCGUGUGUGUGCUGGGCGGCGGCGUUGUGGGGCUGACCACAGCCCUGCGGCUGCUGCAGGCCGCAGGCCCCCGCGGCGCAGCUACAGCCGCAGCUACAGCCGCAGCUACAGCCGCACCUACAGGGACUGGAGGCGCACAGCUGCAGAGCGCCGGGGCUGGGGCUGGGGCUGAGGCUGAGCCGGGGUAUGUGGGUCGGGGCUGGCGGCGGCUGGAGGUGACGGUGGCGGCGGCGGAGUUUGGCGGCGAGACCACCACCGCCGGCGCAGCAGGGCUUUGGGGACCCUACAAGCUGUCGGACACGCCGGAGUCGCUGAUCAACGUGUGGGGCGCCGACACCUUCACACACCUCAUGCAACUGGCGCACUCGGAGGAGGCGGUGGCGGCAGGCGUGGCGCUGUGUGCAGUGAACAGUUUCUAUCCGGAGCCGCAGCCGCUGCCAUUCUGGCGGGAUGCGGUCUACAACUUUCAGAUGAUGGAUGAGCGCAUGCUGGACCAGGUGCGCCGCGGCGGCGCCGCGGCGGCGGCUGCUGCGGCGGCGGCUGGCGGCGGCAGCGGCGGCGGCGGCGACGGCGGGUCUGCAGCAGCGCGGCAGCCGGCGCCGGCGCCUCUGCCGUGCAACUGGGGCUACCACUGGAACUCGGUGGUGUGCGAGGGCGCCCGCUACCUGCCCUGGCUCACCGCCAAGGUGGAGGCUCUGGGCGGGCGGCUGCUGCGGCUGCCUGGGCGGCUGGCCGGUCUGGAGGAGCUGCCGGCGGCGCUGCGGGCGGCCGAGGGAGCUGAUGGCGGUGGUGGCGGUCGUAGUGGCGGCGGCGGCGGCGGCGGCGGCGUGUGGCCUGACGUGGUGAUCAACACGGCGGGGCUGGGGUCGCGGCAGCUGCUAGGCGACGAGCAGGUGUACCCCAUCCGCGGCCAGAUCCUGCGUGUGCGCGCCCCCUGGAUCACCCAGGCCUACUUCUUUGACCCCUACUACAUCAUCCCAAACAGGGACACGGUGGUCCUGGGCGGCACUGGCCAGGUGGGGAGCUACAGCCUGGAGGUGUCCGAGGCGGACCGCCGGAACAUCCUGGAGGGCUGCAAGAGGCUGCUGCCGUCACUGGAGCAUGCAGAGGUCGUGAGCGACUGGGUGGGGCUGAGGCCGGGCCGCACACACCUGAGGCUGGAGGUCGACCGCACCAGCAGUGGCAGCGGCAGUGGCAGUGGCAGUGGCGGUGGCAGUGGCAGUGGCAACAUUGGUACCAGUGGUGGUGGGGCUGCUGCGCCGCUGGUGGUUCACAACUACGGCCACGGCGGCGCGGGGCUGACGCUGGCGUGGGGGUGUGCGGGCGAGGUGGUGCGGCUGUUGCAGGCAGAGGGAGUGCUGUAGCGGCAGUGGGGCUGUGUGCCCGAGCCCAAACACAUAGAUCGCAAUAACAGGAAAAUAAGGACUUGCUUGGGGCCUUUGUGGGGGCGUGCGUGUACAUCAACUGUUGCGCGCUGGCUGUUUUGUGAGUAGGUUAGGGGGUGACGGCUAGCGGGACUGCGGGACAACGUGCACACCGCGCCGUUCUGAACACACGCCUUCCUUGACUCAGCUUGGCUUCGGCCUAUAGGUGAUCAUCUGGCGAGUUGCGACUUCAGCUGGGUCGUUUGUGGCUUGGCGACGGCUGAUGGGAGCCUGCCCCGGCAUGGGUAGAUCAGAGGAUGGCAUGAUGUUUGAUGGCAUUGCGUUUCAGGCCGGAGCAUGGGAGGAGACCUGUGAGGCGAACUGGUGAAGUGACGAUGUUCUUGACGAGUGUCGUGCUUAUGUGCUUUGCAUUGAAGGCCGCGGAAGGGAGUGCUGGGGUUGACGGCGGUGAAGGCCCUGUGCAUUGGAGCGUCACAGCGGAUGACAGCGCCACUUCCUGAGUUUUAUGCGACUUGGUUCCUCCUCGCAUUUUCCCGUAGCUGUACAGUACUGUACCUCAUGUACAAGUAAUUGUAACAACGCGUGGAC